ACAUGUCUACAUCCCAGCGGCUGCCACUUGCCAUGCUCUCGCUCCGCUGUACCCUAACGUGCACCAAAGAUACACCGAAUCCAUAUAUCCAUUUUCUUUCUUAUUACACGCAAGGAGUAACUUGUCCGAAGAGGCGCGCGGCGAAUUUUGUUGCAGCUCUGAGUCUGAUGUGUUGGUAAACGAUCCCUGUCGUCCCGUCCGAGUUCGGAUUUGCAAUAUCUGAAACGGAAGCUUUUAGUUGAUCCCGUUUACCCUUUUCUCGUCUCUAUUGAUCGAGUAUAUAUAUGUGUCGCGCAUUGCUUGUCCCCACCGGUUUCUUCUGUUUCUCUUCUUUCCCCGCUCUUUCUCUCCUACUUCAUCCACCGAUGAUAGAUAGAAGGUAGAGGCCGAGGUUCUGUAGCUUCUCCGGCGGCUGCUGAGUGAGAACCUGUUGGCGGUCUUUUCAAGCGUGCAGAAAAUAUUGUAGUUGCUGUGAGAUGUCAAGUUCGAUAUAGUCAAUCAUAUAAAAAGGAAAUGGGUGGGUGUUGCUGCUCCUCAAGAACUGCGUCAGGCGGAAUAUCUGUUUACUACCAAUAUCCACAGGAUUUCGAGGACAAUGAACCUCUGCCUUCCACUCAUGACGCACAAAUUAAUGCUGGAAGCACUGAAAACUAUGCAAGCAAAAAUGAGCAGAGGCAGUCAGCAGAUUCCUUAUCAAUGAGAGAUAAAACUUUAGAUUGGUGUGAUGAUUUGAUAGACCCCAAGAAUAAAGAAGAAUUUUCACACAUACACAGCCCCACAAGUUUUUCAACCGAUGAUGAUGAUGUUUGUCCCAUUUGUCUUGAAGAGUAUGAUGAUGAGAACCCUCGUAUUUUUACAAAAUGUAAACAUCAUUUUCACCUUUCGUGCAUACUUGAAUGGUUUGAGAGGAGCAAUAAGUGCGCCGUAUGUGAUCAGCUUAUGGAGGUUGCAGAUAUGGAUCUGUUUGACCGAACCAUGCAGGUGAGGCCAUUUGGAUGAAAUGAUUUCUUACCUGAUAGCCCAUUACAUGACCGAGUCUGAAAGCUUCAUAAGCCUUGUUUAAUGGUUUAGUUUGUUGGAUGAACAAAGAAAACUUAUUAGGCGAGGAGAACUUCUCUUUGAAAUUCAGCAGAACUGAUGGGUGGGCUUCUGAGCUCGAGCACCUCUUUAGCGUUGUUCCAUGUUUUUUUCUACGGUCCACUUUAUUUUGAUUUUUGUUUAUAUUAUGUACCGAUUUUCUUUGAAUAGAGUUCCUGAUGUGCCAGUCAUUCAUUAAUUUACAGAUCUGCGAAAUCUGAUUAUUUGGUUGUAAAAUUCUUG